CCCCAGCCUCGCCCUGAGCCCUCCCCGGGGGGCCGGGGGGGUCCUCAGGGGGCCGGGGCACGGAGGGGUUUGGGGGGCCGGGGGGGGCGGCAGCCCGGGGCAGUGCAUGGCACGGGCACCCUCCCUUCCACCCCUCUCCUUUCCAUCCCCCCCUUUUUCCACUUUUUAAUUUUUUUUUUUUACUUGGAAUAACUCGCACCGUCACUUUUCAACUUUAAAAUUUUAUUUUUUUUAUUUUUUUUGGGGUGUGUUUUAAAACGUUUCAACUCCUCGGCAGCGGGGACACCGGGACCGUCCAGCAGCGGGGCCAUGCACUGAGUCUUGUGAAGAAAACAGUCUAAAGACAAUUCAUGUGUGACCCCGACCGCAACUGAUGAGCCAGAGCAAUGGAAUAUAUAGACAGCUACCUGGAUACUGAUCCGGAUUCAAGUAGAUAUGCAAACAGGAUUUCCAAGGCUGAAGUGGGUGGAGAGAGUAUCAAAAUAGUGAAACAUGAUCAUAAUGAGCACGGCAUCUAUAGUUAUGAAGUCCCCAAUGAACAGGAAGAAGAACCCACAGAUGAGAAGACCAAAGUCAAGAAGAUCUGGAAUUCUGUUAGGCAAAAGAAAGGACCCUCUAUUAAUAAAACAAGACCCCAGUCCAUGGUCAUACUAGAGGAUACCUAUAAGGCCUCAAAAGAAAAAAACUCACCCUUCGGGGAUGGGGUGAGAAAGCCAGCAAGCUCCACGAUGCCUAAUAAUAUAGAUUUCAGAGGAUUCGGAGAAAAGGCUGCUUCUGCCACCAAGAAGCAGGACAAUUCAGCCAACUUGCAAAGAACAUUCAUCAAGGGGAUUAAGAAAAUGGGUAAAAAUCAGAGGCUCUCUCGCUACUCAGGUUCAACAGCCAUUGAGUUGAAAGACGUUGAUGCCAAUGAAACUAAAUGUCUCAGGGAUAUUAUUGUCCCCGGUGAAGAGGAUUGUACUAACUACUAUAAAAUACGAGCUAGAAAGAGCAAGUCUUUGAAUUUUGAAAACUUUAUUAAGAGUCAUUCAGAUACAGAAGGGGAAAAUGAAAAGAGGGGUACUGUGCCCCCACGGGAGAGCAGCAGAAGAAGAAGCUUUCAGCUCUUCAGAUAUACGAAAGAAAAUUCAUUAACUGGCAAAGGUGAUUUAAGGCUUCCAGAUGAAAGAGUUGAAACCAAUUUCCAGAACUUAGGAAAUAAAACUUACCAUUCCACUUCUUCUUUGUACUUUGAUAUGAAAUAUGAAGAGACUUUUAGCCAGCAGAAGAAAUCACUCACUGUAUCCAGAGCCCCUUGCUUUCUGGGAGUUAAAAAGUUAUUCACCAGUGUGGCCAAGGCAACUCGGAAGCUGCGAGGCUCCUCAAAAUUGUUUUCACCUGAUGAAGAAAGGUCUUGGAGGAGUUUCCAAAGCAGGAGACAGGAUGCCACCUCCCAGAGAGAGGACUUGGAUAUGGAGAAUGAGAGUGCAAGAGCUUCCACCAGGGUGGGAGCACAUCUGCAGUCCCCAGAUUUAGGCAUAUUCAAUAACCAGGACUGUGAGAGCUCAGCAUGUAAGAAGUUCGUGCAGCAUUGCAAAGCCACAGAAAUGUCUCAAGACCUUGGCUCCUCUGUCCUGGACAGCGAGCAUGAUUGCUAUAACAAAACACUGGUUUCUUCCUUUGGGCCAGAACCGCCUGUCUCCCAGCUGCCAGAGCUCUCAGGUGACUCUGUCACUGUGCUAAAUGCUAAAGAAACCUCUGAGGAUGUAAUUGAAACUCCACAGGCAGAUUUGAUGAAAGGACUUGAGGACUUGCUCCGUCCUGUGGAGCAUGAACUCUUGGAGAGGCACUCUAAAUUACAAAUGGACAAUGAGCCACAGUCUGAAGAUCUUGCUGUGAAAAACCUGGAUCCUGAGGAGCUGGGCCUUUCUCCAGCUGUUAGUGGUGACUUUUCUGUAGUGAACACCAAGGCGCUGAUCCACCUGCCACAGGUGAUUCUGCCUGAACUUGAAGCUGACGAUGUGUCUUGUGCUUUGGUAGUUUCUGAAGAGGUGGCUUCAUCUGCAGCUGCUGCAGAGGAGCUUUUGAAGACAGAAGUGGAUAUGCAGGACUCGAGAAAUCCUGACUUGCCUUUGCAGGACAUGUCUACAGAUGAUGUGAAGAUUCAAGACCUGGUCAGUACUCCGGAGAAAGUACAGGAUGUGGGCAUAGACGGGCCACGUUCUGAAGAUCUUCCUGUGAAUAAUCUGGAUCCUGAGGAGCCGUGCCUUUCUCCAGCUGCUAAUGAUGAUUUUUCUGUAGAGGCUCAUUCCAAAUGUGCUGCAGAUGAACAACUGGUUGUCAUGCCUGCUGAUCUCAGCGUGAAGAAGCACAGAGAAAGUUCAGCUGUAGAACAAAACGCCGUAAUGCUUCAUGACAAAGAAUACUUUCACUGCGAUGACUACUGCCCUUCAUUGUAUAUGACCUCCGGACUGUGCAAGGAAGGAGAGAUGGUGUCUUCUACUUCUCAACUGUCCGUGCAAAUGCCUUCCAACAAUGUCACUAUGGAGAGAUCUUCCUCCAGUUCCCUAAUCCUGAACAUCAUCAGGGAGAUGGAGGAGGCAGAGAGGAUGUGUGGCAAACCACGCUAUUUGAAACGGAGAAUUGCUGAGAAUGAUCUGCCUUCAAAGACUGUGGAGGUGUACAAGAACAGUAACAGUAGACGUCGAUGGACCUUAUUCAGGCAUGGAACUGUGAAGCUGAAGUAUUCGCUGAUCAGUGGUGGUUCUACUGUACGUGCUGAGGCAGUAUGGGAUCACGUCACCAUGGCCAACCGGGAGUUGGCAUUUAAAGCAGGAGACGUUAUCAAGGUUCUUGAUGCUUCCAACAAGGACUGGUGGUGGGGUCAGAUUGAUGAUGAAGAAGGAUGGUUUCCCGCCAGUUUUGUAAGGCUCUGGGUGAAUCAAGAAGAUGGCGUGGAGGAGGGAACCAGCGACGUGCAGAACGGCCACUUGGAUCCCAACGCCGACUGCCUCUGCCUCGGCCGGACCGUCCAAAACCGAGACCAGAUGAGAGCCAACGUCAUCAACGAGAUCAUGAACACGGAGCGCCACUACAUCAAGCACCUCAAGGACAUCUGCGAGGGUUACUUGAAGCAAUGCCGGAAGAGACGGGAUAUGUUCAACGAUGAACAGCUAAAGAUCAUCUUUGGUAACAUUGAAGAUAUCUAUAGAUUUCAGAUGGGUUUUGUCCGGGAUUUGGAGAAACAGUACAACAAAGAAGAUCCCCAUCUCAGUGAAAUUGGACCGUGUUUCCUUGAACACCAAGAUGGCUUCUGGAUCUACUCGGAGUACUGUAACAACCAUUUGGAUGCAUGCAUGGAGCUUUCCAAGCUGAUGAAAGACAGCAGGUACCAGAAUUUCUUCGAAGCGUGUCGUCUGUUGCAGCAGAUGAUUAAUAUUGCCAUCGACGGUUUCCUUCUGACGCCAGUGCAGAAGAUUUGCAAAUACCCCCUGCAGCUCGCAGAGCUCCUCAAGUACACUGCACAGGAUCACAGUGACUACAGGUAUGUGGCUGCUGCUCUUGCCGUCAUGAGGAACAUGACUCUACAGAUCAACGAGCGGAAGCGGAGACUGGAGAACAUUGACAAGAUAGCUCAAUGGCAGGCCUCCGUUCUGGACUGGGAGGGAGACGAUAUCUUGGACCGCAGCUCAGAGCUGAUCUACACGGGAGAGAUGUCCUGGAUUUACCAGCCUUAUGGACGGAACCAGCAGCGUGUUUUCUUUCUCUUUGAUCACCAGAUGGUUCUCUGCAAGAAGGACCUGAUACGGAGAGAUAUUCUGUAUUACAAAGGUCGCAUAGACAUGGAUAAAUACGAAGUGGUGGAUAUAGAAGACGGACGAGAUGAUGACUUCAAUGUGAGCAUGAAGAAUGCCUUCAAACUUCAUAACAAGGAGACUGAGGAAAUGCACUUAUUCUUUGCCAAGAAACUGGAGGAGAAGUUGCGAUGGCUCAGAGCUUUCAGAGAAGAAAGGAAGAUGGUUAAAGAAGAUGAAAAGAUAGGCUUUGAAAUUUCUGAAAAUCAAAAGCGGCAAGCGGCAAUGACAGUAAAGAAAGUCAGUAAGCAAAAAGGAUCCAAGGAGAAGCACAAGACAGACAGAGCAGAGAGCUCGCGGAAUUGCUCAGAAGAGAAAGAUAGGAGGAGGACAUCCCAGAGAGGUGUGAGCUGCUCCAAGUCGGUUCCUCCAGCCUACCCACCACCCCAGGAUCCAUUAAAUCAGGGACAAUACAUGGUGACAGAUGGCAUAUCCCAGGCCCAGGUCUUCGAGUUCACCGAACCCAGACGCAGCCAGGCACCAUUCUGGCAAAACUUCAGCAGGUUAACACCAUUCAAAAAAUAAUACCUAGAAAGAUGGUGAAUUUUAACUUAAACCAGUUUAAAAUUAAAAAUAAAAUGAAGUAAAAUUAUAUUUAUAGAUGGACCUUUUUUCGGAGAAGCACUGUUGCAACUAAAUAUAUACAUAUAUAUAUAUAUACAUACAUAUUUAAAAAUAAUAUAUAUACAUAUAUGUAUAUAUACAGAAGGACCAAAAACUUUUUUGUUGUUUUUGGGAAGCAAUCUGCUACUAGAUACUAGGAAGCACCAAUGAUUUCUAAUCAUGUGACCUAUUUUAUUUUAUUUUAUUCCAUUGGUCGGACAUUGUGUUUUUUUUUCUUUUCUUCUUCAUCUUCAUUCAAGUUGUCAUUGGCAUCCCAGAAUGCUUUCCUGCUUGUGUGAAUUCGUCAUCGAAGUUUCUCAUGGACUACAUUGGUGUAUGUUGUUUGAUUUUUAUUUAUGGGGGGUUUGUUUGUUUUUUGGAUCGCUGGGAGAUCGCUCCCUCCCUCUCCGUCCCUUCCUUGGCUGUCCCCGGAGUCACCAUUUCAACGAAGAGCAUCGACCCUCCCCGUCCCUGUCCUGCAUCCUCUGGUCUGACUCGUGCCUGUCUGGAUGUGCUCCCUUGUGCACCAUGCUCUGCUGCGCAGUAUUUCUCUGGCUUUAACUCUUUUUGUUGUGUGCAGGUGAAAACGAGCAGAAGGGGUAGCAGCUAUUUAGGAAGUGAGAGAUGGGUUUUCCUCAGUUAAUUUCUUGCACUUUUUAAAGCACUAUCUUUUUCUCAAUUCAGUGUGAUUUGUUCACACUCGGCGUAAGACUGAGAAAAGAAUUCUGGGGGCUUUUCUUUCUUUUGCAUUUUAUUUAUUUUUUUGUUUUCUGUGGGGCUAUCUUUGAUUUUGAUUUGUUUUCUUUUUAAGCUGAGACACAACUCUCUGAAAAGCCCACUCCUAUCUUUGUUUUCCAUGCAAAGAUAAAAGCUUAAAAACUGACGGCUUCAUGCCCUCCAUUCCAGCUAGAGGAAAAUUGGCUAUUAGGCUCCAACAAAUGGCCAGUUUUCUUUCUUCAGGAACUAAGGUCCCAUCCUGGUGGCCACACUCACGCCUGCACAGUACUGCAUUAACAAACCACUAAUUGCUAUUUACAGGAGCAAUGAUCCCAAAAGAGAGGGCCAUGCCUGCACUACUCUUGCGUUUAAGAACGCCGGCUCCACUUGGGCACUGACCUCCCAGGCAAAACAUGAGCUGUGUUCAUGAGUAGUGACCCGUCAGCAGCAGGAUCAUUGCCCAAGUAAUUGGAAGUAUUUACCUGAUAUUUAAUGCAUCCAAGCUGCAGAGCAGUUGAGAACUGCCUUUCAGGAAAGAUGUGGAUGUGACCUGAGAAGUUUAGCCCUGUGAUCAUGGGUAUGACCUAAUCUAAAUCCCCGCUCAGUUAAAUCUGAACUGCAGCGAUGGUCAGCAGGGGUGCAUCAGGGUCAGUGGGCUCUGGAGUGAUUAGCUGAAUUCUCCAGGUCUCUUUCUCUCUCUUUUUCUCACUCUGGAGAUUCAUAGCUGUACUUUCAAAGACAUUUCCUACAAUUUCAGCCUUAACUACAUUUGUAUGCAAGCGCAAAAACUUAUGUUUGAGCUUGUAAAACAAAUCAUUGUGCACUAGGAUGAUUUUUUUUUCCCUAUGACAACUGAGAUUGUUUAACCAGGUUCAGAAGAUGAACUUCAAAAACGUUGCAGAGCUAUUCUGCAAGCUCCUUUGAAAACGGGGGAUGAAAUAAUAGAUCAUGGUAUUUAUCAUUUUCUUUUGAAUUUGGUACACCAUAUAAACACCUCAGGCCAGUAGUGUGGAUAAACAUUUUUUUUUUCUUCACACAAGAACUACAAGAAAAUGGCAAAAGCAGAGAGUGCGAUUUCAGUAUUUCUGUGGAGCCUGUUUUCUUUCAGGGCAUGUUACAAGGCAGCGAAUGUAUUUUUUAUUUAAGUACAAAAAUAAUCUCAGCACCUUUUAGUAACCUAGAAACUCUCACUGAACAACACCAGAUUAGCAUUUUGGAGCAGAAGAGUGGCCCCUCUGUGAUAGGCAACAGCGAAACACUGGGAACCCCAAACAGGAGGCAGUGCAAUUUUCUAUCGGAAGUAAUUCCUAUGCUCUUUUGUACCUUUGCAUUUUUAUGCUCAGAUUUUCAUAUUGAAAAUGUAGCAAUUAUUAUUUUGUUUGUUUAACGGAAUGGGUAUUUAGAGAAGUGAAUGAGACUGAUUUGCAGAAGUUAACUGAAAUGUUUUACUGUUUCUGUAUGGCUGGAGAGAGAUGCAGAGAGAGAGAGAAAGAGAGAGAUUAUAAUCUGUUGUCAACAUGAUGGAAAUUUCACUUAUUCCUUUGCCUUUUAAUUGCUUAGGGAAAAAAAGUAACAAGCACAUUAGUUAAGCCUGUUCAUUUACUGUUUUGUGCCUCAGAGAGUGAGAAUGAGACAUCCAUAAUUUUUAUGAGAAGAUGCUUCCUAAAUAUUCAGCACUAGGAAAAAAGAAACACCACCGCCACACCAUUAUUUGCAUCAUAAAUCAAGACUCGCUUGAUCUGACAAGGCCACUUGUUGGACUCACAGCUUCUUUCUUAAGUGGAAAGCCAAACCAAGCUAGCGCUGCUAGCGCUUGCCGAAGCCAGGUGGCAGGCAAAGCAGAUGCAGGCGUUGUUCCAGAGGGAAGAGGGGCUUGGCUCUCAGGCAUGGCACUCAAGAAAGCUCUUCCCCUCCAUAAAUUGCCAAGGUGCUGCAAGAGAUGGAGCAUUAUCACAAAGAAGAACCAGCACUGGGUCCCACUUUUACUACCUACUGUGGCUUUCCCACUAGGGAGCAGGGUUGGGCUGCCUCGUGUGUCUGAAAGUGCUGGAAGCAGCGUAGACGCUGUCAGAUUGGGGUGAUUUUGACUGAGCAUCUGAUACAGACUUUCAUUUCAAUGCCAGACAGGAGGAACCCACUUUCCAUUCCAUAUGCAGAAACAAGAGAGUUGUAACAAACUUACAUGUUUACGGUAUUUCUCUGGCUGAAACUAUAUAUAUAUAUAUAAAAUAAAAAUACCCUCUUCCCUAGGUAAAUGACAUGCAUUACCCCUUGACCUAGACACUAGAACAGAGGAUCUAAAUUCAAGACUUUCGCCUCCCCACCCUCUCCAAAAAGAUCAAACAAGAAUCAACCUAGGUGCAUCUAACAGUUGUAAAUAGAAAAUAAUACAUAGAGAAAUAUAUUUGAAAUUUGUUUCAGUUUCUGGAUGGUCACCGGCCGUCCAUUGCAAUGUUAUUGAUAGUACACUGUGGUGCUUUGGGUUUCUGGUUUUGUUCUCUUUAUGCUCUGUCAUCUUUUCAUUGCAGCUACAUUUCAGGGAACAUGUAUAUUUAGUAGCUAUUGUAAGUUCUGCAUGGCAUCACCAAGCUUAUUUUUCCUUGAGAAGAAAAGAAGAGUCUGUAGGAGUUUAAAGGCACUAUGAUGACAGGGACUUGUAGCAGAGAAUUAAAAAAAAAAAAAAAAAAGGGUUUUAAAAUUCUAGUUUGAAGCCAAAUACUGAUAUUUUAGUGCUUUUGGGGUUUUAACAGUAAGAGAAAAAAAAAAGAAAAAAAAAAAGAAAAAAAAAAAGGAUUUUGGUAACCCAGCUGAUCCGCACUUGCCAGUUUUAUUAUUUUGUUUAUAUUGGACUGUUUGACCCUGUCAAACAAGUGUCAAAGUUGUGUGUAUAAAACAAACAAAAAAAAGUGUUUAAAAAAGUGUUGUAAAGACACUGAGCCUUAUGAAAAUAUUUAUGGAAUUAAAUAAAAAGAAGUGAAAAGGCA